CGAUUGUGUCGCUUUGGAAAUGUCGAUGGACAGAAUUGUCAGUAGGGCAAGAGACCCUUUUGGAUUUGAGAAUAAGCAGGAGGUUGAUAAAAGCUUGUGGUAGCGGAGACAGAUUAGUUAUGGAAGCUGAAGGGACCGGAAGUGUUGCGAAAGAGGCGUUAUGGAGCCAGUGAGAGGAGAGGGGAGCAGGGAGGGAUGGAGAGGUGCGCUGGAUGUUGCUGCAGGAGGAUGUUGCGCACUUGAAAUUUACCUCAGAGCGAGCGGCCAGUUCAUCCAGCGCGCUGGCUGAGGGUACAGCUCUGACCUCAGACGUUCUUCUUACUCCUUUUUUGAUGCCGGAACACGAGCCAACAGUGUUGACGAGCGACGGUUCCAAGAGGAAACUUCAGAUCAGUUCCUGGAUCCAAAUUACAGGAAGAAACGAUAAGUUGUCUUUAACAAGGUAUGUAAACAAAGAAACCCAGAAACCCAAAGAAAAGAAAUCUUCAGUAGAAAAGAAAGCCUUCAGUUAUGACUAAAACUAAACAGACUGAGAUAAAGGAGAAAAAUCUUAAUCUUCUUCACAUUUAUUCACAAUAGUAGUUGUAAUCAGAGGAGAUUGUGAAAUUAUUGUUUGUUUUAUAGCAAUAUUGUUAUAGAAGUCAUGUAGAACUUUAGAAAAGUAAGCGCUGCUUGUCGUCUGUCUGUUGUGAUAUUAAACCACCGGCUGUGUUCGCAGCGCUGACCUGUCUGUGGAGGUAGAAAUGCGUAACACAAAGCAACGUGAGUAUUUCAACUGAAUCACACCGCAGUGUAAACACGAGCAUCCAGUAAACGCGCCCCCCCGCGCAGACGGCACACUACAGGUCCGCGAGCGGUAUUUAAAAGGCCCAGCGAGCGUCCGAGGGCUUAUGCAAGCGCUAAACUGGUGAUGUGCCUUUAAACCAGUGGGAUGUCAGGUGAUCGUGGAGGCUCAGUCAGCUCAGCCUCAGACAGAGCCGCCAGAGUGUGUCUGUAGCAGAGAGGCAGCGGCGCUCGCUCAUUAUGGGACACGGGGGGAAACGGGGACACGGCGCCGGAACGGACGGGCGACUGGAGCCACGGGGUCCGUUUACCUCCGCCUGCGCCGCAGCCGCAGCCGCAGCCGCAGGCGGCGCCCGUGACUCAGCCCCAUCACGGAGCCGCGCUCCGCUGCCGUAACAGUGGUGUAAAAAGCAGGCAGAAUUAAGUGCUGCGUCACAGUCAGGAAGAGGAACAGUGUGAGCGUGCGCACACGCACGCACAAACGCACUGGUGUCUGGUCCGCUCCGCUUCUGUGUAUGUGUUGGUUGGAAGCGGCAGCCUAAUGGCUGAUCCGCUGUUGCAACUAGAUGAAAAUAAAGAGUGCGUGUGUCUGAGAGACGAGGAGAAGGAAGAGAGAAACACAGGAGGGAGGGAGAGCAAGUCAGAGUGAGAGGGAGAUUGUGGAUUAGUUGCUACGUCACUUUUUCUUUUUUUUCAUGUCGGGGAGAAACAGAAGCCGAGAUAACAGAAGCCCAGAGUCAUCGAGAUUUCCACCUGAAGUGGACACGGUGGCUUCGGACCGAACCGGGGCGUUCUCCUCCCGCUCCUCGUCCUCCUCGCUAGUUUUAAUCGGCUCUGCCUGCCGCUGCCAUGUACCAGUGUGUGUGUCUGCGUGCGCUCGGAGCUGGUGCCUGGGUUUCAACAUGGAUGCUGGAGAUGUGGCACGAUUGUUUAGGUCUCGAUACGAGCCCGCGGCUCGGCCCGAGGUGCGACGGGGUGCUGGACCAGGGAACGUUCUGGAGGGCAGCUCGGUCCGGACCGUUCAGCUGAGUAAUAUGGAUCUGUGAACGCCUCCUUUGCCUCGUGGAGUACGGAGCAUUACAUUGUUACAUGUAGGUGAAUGCGGUGGUGCUGCGUGGAACAGUGUUGCCUUUAAUACACCAUUACAUUGUAGCCGGUCAGUUGAAUUACAGGAUAAGUUUGCUGCUGAACAGCGAGGACUGGAGGACGGCACAGGCUGGUCGGGAUCCAGACGGCUUCGGCGCCGGACGGGUCGGACCCGAACCCGGGCGCCUUCGUUCCCACCCUCCAGGGCCGCCGGCAUCGGGCGACAGACGUGUUUGUUUCUGCGUAGCCAGGAGCGACAGAGACGGUGACGCAGUGGCUUUUGGGCUGGACCUCCCUUCAACCAGCACACGGCUCGCAUCUGUGCCUUCCUCCCUGCUCAUCGCUCUGUUCACUCGCAGCUCCCUCGCCCUCCUGGAGGGAGGCAGCAGUGGACAGGAUCACAGACCCCGAGCGCAGCAGAGGAGCUGUUUGCCUUGCUCUCUGGGUGACUCUGCUUUGGCGUCUCUCCAGUUCUCAUGCGCUCAACUUCCUAAAGCUACUGUAUCACAGUCCGGCGUGCCCAAGCUGGGCUCUGAUUGGACGAGGGGGCGGCGCCUGAUUGGUUGAGUGCGAGCAGACAGCUGGAGUUCAGCCUGUGAUUGGUUGAGAAGCACCGUUCUCUUUAUACAAAGGCUUUUGCGUGGAUUCAUGACCACUACAUGUGUUAGUGUGUUUCUGUCUGUGGAAGUGGUUUUAGUUCAUAUGCUUUAAUAUACAUAGUCACGUAUCUUGUGAAAACAUGUUAACAUUGGUCAGUGUUUCAAUAUUAGCAGUUGACAAUGCAACCAUUUAACGACGUAACAGGUUUCCUUUGAAUUUAUUACAAAUGACACCAGGACAGACAUCAGUUCCUGUAAAAGUCAAAGGAAACCGACGGACCUGUGACGUGGCCGAGGCCUCUGUGUUCGCUCUACGAGCUGCCCAGCAUCUCCUGCAGAACCUAUGGGACUCUGUGGUACUGAUGCCAGUGUUGAGGCUGUCGCAUUCAGAAUUGAGGCCCAUAGAUUCGAUUAGGUGAGAGGUCUUGAAGCAAAGGAUGCCACGUUUCCUAGAUGAUGCAAGACCAUGUGUGCCUGCCAGUGGUCUGCAUUGCAGCUCCCGCUCCUGGAGUCAGCUCCUCUCGCUCCUUCUCUCUCUCUCUCUCUCUCGCUCUCUCUCAUCUAAAUGUGCUGAUGUUGUAGCAAACUACACAAGGGCAGCGUGUUUAUGCUUCUUUGUGAAGGCGGCGGCGCUCGCUGGGAUCGCGGGGCUCGUUCCUGUGAUAACGCCACAGUUAGGCUGCUUGUCUGUGGAGGCUACUCAUUAACAGAGUUUAUGUAGGAAUGUGAGUUUGAUUGAGUGCACAAUGCAAGCGUCCCUCUUCCACAACGAGCUGCCGUUUAAGGAUUUGCAAAGAAAAGUGCAACCGCUUGAUAUCAGAUUCCUUGUUAUGAGCAUUUCACCGCGGUUCAGUCGUUUAAUGUCUUCGGCCCCUGAUGCGUUUUCCGCAGAGUGCUUCGCAGUUCCAUCCUGAUUCUGUCGCUGACCGUUCUCCGAAAGCCUCCUGUCCCUUUAAAUCUUUUAUAAGCGUUACACAACAGGUCCAGUGGCACACAAGCAACAAACAACCCGAAAAAGAAACCUGACGGGGUUGGGUUGAGUCACCGAGGCGAAGGAACCAGACACCUACGGACAGACAGUCCCUCUGAUCAGAGCUGUCACUGUGGCUACCGCACACACACACACACACACACACACACACACACACACACACACACACACACACAGCUCUGAUGAGAGAAAAUAAUUCGGCUUGGCCCAUCUGGAGCCUGAUAAGGACUCGUAGGAGCUGUGGGGAUUUUCCUUUCCCCUCUUGUCGUCAAACCGAAGUAGAUCACGUGACGGCUUCAUGCGCUGCAUCGAUUGCAGUUGUCGUCGUAAACACAGACCGUGCGUGGGCGUGUGUUGUGGGAGACAGAGAGUUUGCAGCGAGGCGCUGACCUGGUCGCUCUCCACCUGUCGCGGCUCCGCCCCGUCUGCGUCGCCUGCUUCCGCUUCCCUCGCGGUGACUGCAGAGGCCGGGCCUCGCGCCUCCAUGCGAGCGUGCAUGAAAGCAGAGCCGGCCCUCCUGCAUGGAGCUGCAGGUGAGCCCCAGCGCCUCCGUGUGUGUCCGGCUCCUCGCACGUCCGCGGCGCUCGGAUCGCGUGUCACGUCAGUCGUGUGGUGGUUCUAGAGAGGAGUGGAGUGAGAAGUGGGUGAGGGAGGAAGAGGUGCUGGUGCUUUCUCACUGGUUUCCCGUUUCACGUGGCCUCUCUGCCCUCUGCUUUCUGUCCUGGACCAGGGCAGGUAAACAAACGAGCCUUAAAGAGCAAUGCUGCUCAUUCUCUGCAUCACACUUUCACCAACAACAAAACAAUGAAUUUGCUUUGCAUACAAUUACGGAGGAUCUGACUCAUCGUGUUCAUCCGGAUCAGAAUCUGAGGGCUGGACUGUGUGGUUUUGCUGUGUGAGGGCUUAAGCACAGAAGAUGCUGUCAGCUGCACGAUCGCUUGCUCCGUCACAGGUGAAGUUGUGUCUUGCGUCCCGCAGGCUCCAGGUUGACUCGCGUUUGGCCACAGCUGCACCUCCAGUGCCCUCCUGCUGUGUUGGAGGUGCUUGGUGCCCAGGCCACUGUCAUCUCAGUAAGUCUCUGUUGUGUCUCCCUCUGGAUUCCUACGUGUUCGCAUGUAUUGUACUGUAACUGUCAUAUCUGACACUUUCCUCUUGACAUAUUCAUAUGUCAUCAUUCUUUACUAUGGAGUGAAGAUGUUGUAACGUGUGAACAGCAAAGUAUUUACUGUGAAAGUGAAAUGGUUUUUACAAUUAUUUACAAAAACUAGUAUACAACAUAUGGUCCUGAAAGUUACUCAUUCUCAGCAUAACUGAGACAAGGGAGGCAUUUAAAGAUAUGACCCUUCAUAUGUCACCAUAUAGUGUCUGCUAUUACAACAUGUCUUGCAUAUUGUUGGUUGGACAUAUCCGAUCUGAUGAGGAUUAUUAGUUAGACAUGUAGGCCCAAUCACUGCAGGCUUUUAGAGUGUGUGUGUGUGUGUGUGUGUGUGUGUGUGUGUGUGUGUGUGUGUGUGUGUGUGUGUGUGUGUGUGUGUGUGUGUGUGUUGCAGACUCGCUCCUGGUUCAUUUCAGUGUAUGUACAUUUUAAGUCUUUUUAUUUUUUUUUUAUUUUAGUAACGCAGUUGCUUCCUUUAUUCCCCACAGAGAGCCCUGUGUGUGCAUCUUUACAUGGAGAAUCACUUCUGGAUGGCUGCUAAUGCUGAUUUUUGUCCAUCAUCUGCCACUGUUUUGUUUAUGGCACGUUUUACGCUACAGAAAAGUGUCUUUUGUGAGACGUUCCCCCUCUGGAAGCUGGUUUCAGAUGGUGGCUUAGAGUAUUGUCACCUAUCUAGCACCAUUUGAAAUCAGUGUUCUUGGGGUGUGAAGUUUGUUUCACUAUCCUUCAAGGCGGCCGCAGAGGUUUGGCGAUAGCGAUAGCUGCAGGAACUGUCAGCGCCUGCAUCGAUGCUCGAUGGACUAAAAAGCGCAGGAGAACAGUGCUGCUUCGACAGCUCCAGCCUUGUCCUCUCUCCAAGGUUGACCGGUUUCUUUUGGUGUUCAGAGUCUGCUUUGUUUCUAGCACCAUUUGAAAUCGGUUACAGUGAAGGACAGAUAGCAUCUUACCUUGGAGGAUCUUUGCACAACAGCUGUGUGGAUAGCGAUAGUAAUGGAUUGCUCCCUCAGUGAAUUGUAACAUGUUUGAGAAUUUUACCCCAGGAUUUCUCAUAAACAUCAGUGUAAGUAAAAGUAGCUACAUUUUAUUCUACAAUGUAGGAAAACAGUCAUUUUUUCUGGUAAAAUAUUUAAGUUUGAAAAAUAAUGUAAUAUAAUAUAGAGAAUACAUGUUAAAUAUCUAAAUACAAAUGACUUUAAAGUGUAUGUAAGUACUGUACUUAAUCACUGUAUUCCCCAUAUUCCUACACUGAUAUUAUCAUUUCAAUAUUUUGUGUCUGUUUCAAAUCCCUACUGUGUGAUUAUUUUUAGUUCAUUGUUGAAGGAUGUUUGAUAUAUUUGAUUAUUAUUAUUAUUGUUAGUGAUAGUAGUAGUAGUAGUAGUAGUAGUAGUAGUAGUAGUUAUAUUAAGACAUGUACUUGAAGGCAGUGCUAGACAUUUGUUUUGUGUAAAUGUAAAUUUGACCUUGUGGUCUAAAAUUUACAACCUGAGGCCAGCAUUAAAUCAUCCAGACCUGAUUAGAUAACGCAUCUCUCGGAUUUUUGGCCCAAAUACAAGAACCUCAAACUUUACUAUGAAUUUAGUAGAAGCAAGUGAGAUUGUCUCAUAACAUCUUAGCUUCUUUCUUUAAGUUCAAAAUGUUUGGACAGUGCCAGUAAAAAGAUUUUUGGACUCCAGUCAACAUUUCUCAGACUGACUGACUUUGCAAAGUUUUGUGAAUAAGUUCAUCACAAAGCUUUGUGUUGUGCGUUUUGUGUGGAAACUAAUUUAUUUUGCAUUAACCUAAAAUAAAUAAACGUGCUAAUUAAACACCAUGUAAAAUCUUUAAAAUGUACAUUUCAUUAUCUAAUUUCUUGAACAUUGUUAAUGAUAAACCCCAGAACUCAUUAGUGGAAUCCUUUUCACUUUCAUGACGUUUCAACAAUCAUCAUCAUCAAUGCUUUAGGUUCUGACUUCGCAGAUGAUGUCGCCAUCUAGUGGAGCAGAACGAAUUUCGGUCACAGGAACUAACAGUGCGCUGGGACUAGCUUCAUUUUACAUUAAAAAGUCAAUAUUCUGUCGCUUACUUGCUUUAAUUAUAAAACUUGAUUGACACCAUAGUUAUGUUAAUUGACCAGAUAGCGCAAACUUAAGCAUUCUUAGCAUGAUUUAUUUUGUUCUGUUUUAUUGUGUUCAUGUCUAUUAUCAUCAUGGUGCCUAUGGUUUCGUACGACAAACCCUGGCGCUGCCCAAUCCUGCUUUAAUUACGGUAAUGCAGCCACUUUCGUCUUUAGCGCUUACAAGCAACAUUACGGUAACUACGGGGCGUGCCACUUUUUGACAGUCAAACAUGGCGCUGUCCUGUUCGAGUCUGUGCAGGCAGGUGUCUUUAAUCCGACUGUGUGGCUUCAGGACAAAUGUUCUUCAUUCUCCACACGUGUCCCGUCAAACCAGCCUGCCCCUGAGUAGACAAUGCUCAUCAUCCAAAGUCAGACGAGGGAUUAAUCGAUAUGUCCAGUGGGUAAACAGCAAAUAUGAAGAUUUCCUCAAAAGGAAAUUUCCCCGCUUUUAUCUGCUCUACCACACAUUCAAGGAAGGUUUCAAGUCAUUGUUCUGUGAUGCCAAAGAUGUGAGACGAAUAAAAGAAAAGAUGAUAUCAGGAGUAAAGUUUGAGGAUUUGCCCUACAGGGAUAUGGAGAAACUCAGACAGUUCCGCAGAGACAUUAUCAAGGCUUUUCCUCUGGUGAUGAUAUCCAUUCCUCCUUUUGCCAACUACCUGGUUUUAAUCCUGAUGUACUUUUUCCCCCGUCAGAUGUUGAUCCCCCACUUCUGGAGUCCGAGGCAGCAGGUGGAGUUUCGGGCAGUGUACCAUUCCCUCAGGGUUCGCCACCACUGGCCAGUGCUCAAAGUACUGAAAGAUGUGCAAAAUGGAGAAAACCCCAGCGUGUCUGAAAUCCUUGCAGUCCGAAGCUUGUUUUCUGCACACCCCCUGGGUAUGAGGAGUAUCAGUGUGGAUCACAUGAGACACAUCAGCCCGUUGCUCUUCCUCACGCCACACCUCCCGGGUUUUCUGAUCAGCCGGCGGCUCAACAGCCACGGGCUGGAGCUGCUCCAGCUGGACCGAGCCCUCAGCAGAAUGGGGCCUCUGCAGCUGAGUGACUCUGAGCUUAGACAGGCUUGUUAUGUAAGGGGGCUUAAUUCUGACAGCGUUGACAUCAAGCAGUGCCGUGACUGGUUGUCCCACUGGCUUCAGGUGUCCUCCUCAUUAAAAGACUCAGAGGUAUCCCUGCUUUUGCACAGCAUGGUGUUGCUCUCUGCCAACCCCCUGAAUGAGCCCAGCCGCUGCUGACAGGAAGCCUGAUACAAUGUGCUUCAUUCAUGAACUGGGCAACAGAACUUCCCUAGAAGUUGUCAAUGCCUCUUUUUUUUCUAAAGGAAAAUAUAUUUUAAAACUAGCAAAAUCUUUAGUCCAUGCAUAGCAGAAAAAUGAUGUGGAUCAAUGUGGAUUGUAUUUGCAAACUACAACAACAUGCACUUUGGCUUCAAAAUCCUGUUUGGCACUUGUUUGUGAUGCAUGGACUUAUAUAUUUAGUGGAGAUGUUGGUAAUAGCGUGUGACCAUGUGCAGGCGAAGACAGUCACCUAUUUACUUUUAAGCACACAAAGACAAGCGGGAAUGGCAGCAUUGUUUAGCAAAUGCUGUUAAAGUGCGUGGGUUUAUUUGUUCGGACACAUUCCAUUUAUAAAACAGAUGACCUAAUUGGAUGUGUGCUGUAUAUUCAUACCUCAUGUUCUUUGCUCUAGCUUUUGUUUUAGGAAAAUGUUACUCACAGUAAAAAGCCAAAUGAAGUUAUAUGGAGUUUUAUGGCAACACAAACGUAGGAGGAACAACUGGCUGACAGAACAAGAAGUGGACGACCCAAAGGCAAAUGUUUACAGAUCAAACGGACUAAAGACAUGCAUGUUUCUGUGUGUGAUGAAAGGCUGAAGCUUUUACUAUACAUCACUAUUAUCUAACCCACCUGUGCCACUUAUUGUUUUGCUUUUAAGGCUGAAAGGGACAUAAAUUUAUCCUGGUAAAACAACAUGAGCACAUGUUUCCACGGGACAUUUUGCCUGUUUCAAGGUAACUGUUGGAGGAAGUCACUCAUGCUUUUGUUCAAGCAAAGUGUCAAUUAGAAAAACAUCUGAAACAAACUGCAAUUAGUUUGUUUAUAAUUUAAGUUUGAAAUUAUUUGCUUGACUAAAUGUGGUGUUGCUGUGCCAAGAAUAUAUGUCUGAAAAUAAAUUCCUUUUAAAAUGGG